AUGUUGACAGCAAUUAUGCUUAAUUAUUCAAAAGUAUUGCAAAAUGUGCUAAAUUACAGCGCUGCUAUGGAAUCUUGUCAAGAAGCAUCGGAAUUAGCUCACAGCCAAACACUCCGUCAACUUUUUAUCAGCAUUGCAGUCAUAUCAGCUUUGGCAGUUAUUGCUGAAUUGUGGGCGAUAAAAGGUAAAACCAGUCAGAUGUUACUCCAUCAAAAUACCCGAAUGUUGCUCAUCGUUCACCAAAUAUGGCUUAUCAUUCACUGCAUCGCCAGAAUCUUCGCUUAUGCAUAUUUACUGAUUACAUAUCACAAGCAUUCUGACAACGAUUGUGAUUACAUGAUGUCAUUAUGGGAAUGCUUCUUGAUCCGUACAUUAAUCACGUUAACAAUAUUUUUGAACGCUAUUUCAAUACCAGCAAUAGUCACCGAACGAGCGAUUGGGACGUAUUUUGCAUCAAAAUAUGAAAAAAUUGGCAAAAAAGUCGGUGUCACGUUGGUCAUAGCACAGGUGUUU